AUGUCGUGCGAAAAGUGUGCAAUUAUUUUCGAGUCCGAUUCCAAGCUUCGCUCUCAUAUCAGAGAAAAGCACCAACUCUCGGUCACAGUAAACAUCCCAGAUGGAGACAAGUCUAUCCCCAUUACUGUCUCCAAGAACACGGAAGUCAACUUGUUUUACUGUACUUGUGGCUUUUCUGCCAAAUGGCCGGCAACUUUCAGAGCCCAUGCGAAACAGUGUGCUAGCUUCAUCGACACACACUCACUUGUUUCAACAACGGGUGACAACAAUCAGCAGCCUACCUUGCCAGCUGAAUGUCUUUCUAUCGUCGAAGAAGACCAAUCGUGCUCUGACGAAUCUCUCUCGUCUUCUGAUAUAGACGAUUACGAAACAACUGCUCCUAUUCCAUUAAUGGAUACGGCUGAUGACUCUGAGGAACUCCGCUGGGUGCCGACAUCUUGCCCUGACGUUGGUAACGACGAGGUAGGACCUUUGGCCUUGGAACUGUCUUCCCUUGGCCUUAAGCUUAUUCAAGGUCCUUUGCUCAUUUGCAAUACUUGCUCGUCAAUUAUUCCCAUGGAAAAGCUUGCGAGCCAUCUGAAAAAGCAUAAGCUUCAGAUGUCUAAAGACUUACAUCUUACUUUGGAGAACAUUCGUUUCUUGCGUUUGGAUAGUCUUAAGUCUCAUUACUCUUCGCAAAGUAAUGUCUAUGAGGUAGUUGCUGGUCUACCCGUAUGUCUUAACGCAUACGAAUGCUUGAAGUGCAAGAACUAUCUUUGUGGUUCUAAGGGAACUCUAUACAACCACUUCCGGGGUAAACAUCAUCUGUCUGAGGCUACUGGAUACUCUUCGCUUGUUGGUCGUGUACAAGCACAAACUCUUUUUCGCCAUUGGCGCAAUAAAGUAUUUUUCAAGGUAAACUUUCGUGCGCAGUCGUCCGAGUCUCGUAUUACUGUUUUUGACGACAAGGACUUGGAAUUGGACUCUUACCUUAAUGAGUCUAAGGUCUUUGCUAUAGACCAAAACCCAGAAGACACUUCUGAGCCAGAUGCCAGAAACAGAAGUCUCUUCCUUCAUCGCUUCCGUUGGCCUGAAGCGCUUGAAGAACUGGGUUCAGUUGAGGAAAUUCGUCUGCGUUGUUACGUUCCUCCAAUUGGCAUUUCUUUGCCAUUCUCUCGUCUGCAUGCAGCUAUACAGCUUUACUUCUUUGCUGCAGACAAAAUCAUGAAGAGAAUGGACCGUGGAUUGCUUAAGUUGUUCCGCUCGACUCAAGACAACUCAGCAUACAACGAUGGCUUUCGUCCCUUGGAGCAAGAGGAUACUCUUAAGGACUAUGCUCGACGCGUUACUGCUUAUCCUGUGUUUGAGCACCACAGAGAUAACAAAGCAGUACAGGGAAAGGUGGAUGAUGUUGAGAGCACUUAUCAGUUGUUCGUUGCUGAAGGAGAAACCCCAGAACUUCAGCAGAAAGUCUUCAACAAGCUUCAUCGACACACACUCACUUGUUCAACAACGGGUGACAACAAUCAGCAGCCUACCUUGCCAGCUGAAUGUCUUUCUAUCGUCGAAGAAGACCAAUCGUGCUCUGACGAAUCUCUCUCGUCUUCUGAUAUAGACGAUUACGAAACAACUGCUCCUAUUCCAUUAAUGGAUACGGCUGAUGACUCUGAGGAACUCCGCUGGGUGCCGACAUCUUGCCCUGACGUUGGUAACGACGAGGUAGGACCUUUGGCCUUGGAACUGUCUUCCCUUGGCCUUAAGCUUAUUCAAGGUCCUUUGCUCAUUUGCAAUACUUGCUCGUCAAUUAUUCCCAUGGAAAAGCUUGCGAGCCAUCUGAAAAAGCAUAAGCUUCAGAUGUCUAAAGACUUACAUCUUACUUUGGAGAACAUUCGUUUCUUGCGUUUGGAUAGUCUUAAGUCUCAUUACUCUUCGCAAAGUAAUGUCUAUGAGGUAGUUGCUGGUCUACCCGGAACUCUAUACAACCACUUCCGGGGUAAACAUCAUCUGUCUGAGGCUACUGGAUACUCUUCGCUUGUUGGUCGUGUACAAGCACAAACUCUUUUCGCCAUUGGCGCAAUAAAGUAUUUUCAAGGUAAACUUUCGUGCGCAGUCGUCCGAGUCUCGUAUUACUGUUUUGACGACAAGGACUUGGAAUUGGACUCUUACCUUAAUGAGUCUAAGGUCUUUGCUAUAGACCAAAACCCAGAAGACACUUCUGAGCCAGAUGCCAGAAACAGAAGUCUCUUCCUUCAUCGCUUCCGUUGGCCUGAAGCGCUUGAAGAACUGGGUUCAGUUGAGGAAUUCCUUUACUUCUUUGCUGCAGACAAAAUCAUGAAGAGAAUGGACCGUGGAUUGCUUAAGUUGUUCCGCUCGACUCAAGACAACUCAGCAUACAACGAUGGCUUUCGUCCCUUGGAGCAAGAGGAUACUCUUAAGGACUAUGCUCGACGCGGAAAGGUGGAUGAUGUUGAGAGCACUUAUCAGUUGUUCGUUGCUGAAGGAGAAACCCCAGAACUUCAGCAGAAAGUCUUCAACAAGGUACACGAACUUCUCAAAUCUUUGUUCAUGGUACAAUUCCCCACCUCGAUUGAUAUCAACAAACAAGUAUCAAUCAAUUCCUUGCGUCAUAUCUAUUGUCUUCUGAUGGGUCUUAUCCCUCAGCUUACGCUCUGGCACCAAUUCUGGCGCGAUUCAUUUUCGCGCCGACUGGUUGCCUUAGUCGAAUUUCACUUGAUGCAGACGGACUUCCCUGAUCAAGUUGACAACAUCGAAGACUUCUAUGAUCAAGACUCUGAAGUAUACAAACGCAUCUUUCGCUUUGUGAAGCUUGAUCGUAGAACUGUCUUUGACUACUUGGCUGAUGUCUUGGGUGUCUGUCGUAAACAAAGUCUUGUUGACCCCAAGGCAUCGUUUGGAACUCUUACUGCGGCUGUAAAUGGAUGGCAAAUGAUUCGGAUUGAUGACUUGCGUUCGUUAUACAACAACCUCUCUGAACGUGCAGUAAAAGUCUUAAAGGAACUUACAGUCGAUAUCGACUUGGAUGACUUGGUUCCGGAAGACAUGUUGGAUAACUUGACUGAUCGUCUUCUGUCUACCGCAAAGGGCUAUUCAUUCCUGCAAAACCCUUCUUGCGUUCAAUUAAGACAUACUGUCUUUCGUACUAUCGUACAAAGCAGUAGUCAACGAGGAUGGUUCUUACUUGGAAACGAGGACGACAUCAAAGGCAAGCUGCUUGAACAAAAAAAACAGAACAUCCCAUUCGAUCAAGCAGUAAAGUCUUUGCCUUGGGACCAUAAUCAGCUUGCCAAAUAUUGUGCAAGUUGUACUCAGUUCACAGAGUACUUGAUGGUCUUGAUCCACAUUGGAGCUGGUCAGCCUGCAAGAGGCAAUGAGUUCGCUAAGUGGAAAUUCCGCAAUACCGCUGAGGACAAGCGUGAAUUGUUUAUUCACAUGGGACGGCUCAUGUUCAUUAAGCAUUACGGGAAACAACGGAACAUGACCAACAAGGAAGACUUCUCGCCUCGUUUCCUCCCUCGACAGCUUUCCUUGCUAUUGCUGCGAUACCUUGUCCUCAUUCGCCCAGCAGAACAACUAUUCUGUGAGCUUCUCUAUAAUGACGACUCCAAAUUGGAAGACCUUAAGACUUCUGUCUUCCUUAAGAAUGGCUCUACACUCCCUAUUAAUGGAGUAUCGGAAGUUGUAUCAAAAUACUUCCAAGAAGUCCUUGGUCUUUCUAUGGGACUUAGAAUUUAUCGAGAUGUGGCUACUUACUUCAAGGAGCGUUUCCUUGAAGGACCCCAGCAAGCACAACUCUCGACUUACGAUGCACAAGCUGGACACACAAGACAGGUCGCUGUCUCGAUUUAUGGUCGCUCUGAUGCUGUGAUGUCUUCAAUGGACACAGAUGUAUUGCCCAAUGCAUACACAGCAUCAAUCAAUUGGCAAAGUCUUCUUGGACUAGAAGACCACCAAGAGGCAACAAAGCGAACAACCACAGAACCCCAAGCUCCUUCUGUGGUUGAACAUUCGCUCCCUUUGGCACAGCGAAAUUCUUCUAUUACUGAGCCAACAGUAACAGAAGUACUCAAACCUAUUAUCACUCGUGGUCCUAGACGGAUGACUCUGCCUUCGUCAUCAAACUUGGAUGACUGCCUGGAGCUAGACAAUCCCAAAUGGGAUUCUUUGGAUCGUCGACUGUCUUUGCUUUAUGUUACUGCCACCGGGUCUGGUAAGUCACUUACCUUUUUGCUUCCUUCUUAUAUCGAGAAGAUGAAUCUUUGCUCUCUUAUGACUGUCGUCAUUGUUCCCCUAAUCGCUCUGAAGUCUGAUAUGCUUCGCAGGGCUACAGCUGCAGGUCUAAGAGUGAAAACUAAUUGGGAGGCUGCCAAGGCUGACUGCUCAACAGUAAGCAACUUCCCCAACUUGCUUAUAUUGACGCUGGAUCAAGCAGUAAACCCAAACUGCUUGAAGUGGUUUUCCUCUCUCGCCCUUGAAGGAAAACUCGCUCGCAUAGUCAUUGAUGAAGCACAUACUGUCGUCGUUGACUCCGUUUGGCGUUCUAGGGUUCGCGAGAUGUACAGACUUGCAGAAGUGAGGGCUCCGUUUGUACUCUUAACAGCCACGCUUCCUUUCUCUUACGAAGAUGAACUACUGGAGACUUUCGCCGUAAACCCUACUAAGAUACGAACUGACACCGUUCGUAAGAACAUUGAGUACAGCCUUUUGACUCAUGUGAAUGAUCAUUUCGAGAGAAUCUUGAAGGUCAACUGGUCUUUGUACAACUUUGACCAAAACGGCUCUUUCCGGAUUGUCGUCUUCUGUCGCUACAAAGACGAAGUAAAGGAGCUACAAGAGACAAUCAAUAGAGGCGGCAUCAUUAACACAAAUGCCAUUUCUUACACUGGUGACCUUACUGAUGAAGAACGUCUUGAAAGUCUUGCCAAGUUCGCAGACGAUGCCAGCAACUGCAAAGUCAUGGUUGCGACUAAGGCCUUUGGAAUGGGAAUGGACUACCCAAGCAUUCGUCUAGUCCUAGAUGUCGGCUGUCCAGAGACACUGCUCGACUAUGUACAAGAGACAGGGAGAGCUGGACGAGAUGGUCUUGAGUCUAAAGCUAUACUCCUAUACAAGGAACGGGACCUUACUUCAGCUUAUGUCAACGAUGACAUGAAGACAUUGCUACAAUCAAAGUAUACAUGCAUUCGACAAUUCAUUUCGGAAUACAUGGAUGGAAAGUCUCUCUCUUGUCCUCUUCUGCAAGGUGCCCUUACUUGUCUAUCAUGCUCAAAACGUAUAUACAAGAAGAACUAUAAGAAGAGACACAACCCAAUGUCUCAAGUCUUGACCAUGGUUGCAAAGCGUUCUAAGGUUGCAACUUCUGCUCAAAAUGCUUUAAUCGUCAAACAGCACGCUGAACGAGCAGCGACUAUUACAGAGCGUCUGUCUUGGAGCAACAAAGUCAUCGUUGAUAUCAAGCACUUCUUUUCUGUCAACAAGACUUCUUGUCCUGUAUGCCUCGUUCAUUGUUUCAAACAAAGGGGCAUCCAACACCAUGAGGCUUUCAGAUGUCGUUAUACAAACGGCUGUUGUAUGAAGUGCAUGAAGCCAGGACAUAGACGAAACCAAUGCCCUUUAGAUAUGAAUUUCGUCAAACACAAGCUUUGCUAUCGCUGUGGUCUACCAAUGGCACUUGACAACGACGACCAGAACUAUCAUAUCAUUACUGGUGCAGCCGGUCGUACAUGCGAUAACUGGGCAUGCGACCAACUGCUGCCUUUGGCUUGGUCUGCUUGGAACCAUCCUGACUACAAGGAGAGAAUCCAACAACACUUCUUACACAGAGAAACCACCAUAACGGAUUCCGAUCAACAGUUCGCAAACUUUCUGAUGCAACAACGAACUACAAUGCCUCCACUUAUUGAAGUAUGUUACUACAUCCUCUACAACUGUCUUGGACUACUUAAAUAG